CAUACCCAAACCUUCUAGCGUUUACUGACUGGCACUCCCCGCCAUACGGCAUUAAAUGUCCUCAACACCCUCCCGUUUUUUCUCAGCCAUUAAUAAUUCAUAAACCGUCUCCACUUCCCCGUCUUCCUCUCCCACCAGCAAAAGCCAAUAGUCAAAUCUCAAGCAACAAAAAUGGCCGGAGAAAUCCCCCCAUCCCAACUGGCGAUCGAAACCCCUUUGAUCGUCUCAUCUCUCAAACCCCACCUACUCCACACCUCCCCAUCCUUCCGCCUCCGAUCCCCGAGCCUCAACUCCCUCCGCCUCCGCCGCGUUUUCGACAUCUUCGACCGCAACGGCGACGGAGAAAUCACCUCCGAAGAGCUCUGUCUCGCCCUCGAUUGCCUCGGCCUCGGCGUCGAUCCCGCCGAACUCUGCUCCUCCAUCGCAUCUUACAUCCCGACCGGCCGUCUCGGCCUCGAUUUCGACUCCUUCAAUUCAAUCCACCGCUCCCUCGGUGACGCCCUAUUCAAUGCCGAUGGAAGCAGGGGAGAGGUGGAGGAGGAGGAGGAGAUGAGAGAGGCGUUUAGGGUUUUCGAUGAGGAUGGGGAUGGAUUCAUUUCAGCGAAAGAGUUGCAGGUGGUGCUCGGGAAGUUGGGUUUGGCUGAAGGGCGAACCCUAGAUCGGGUUCAGCUGAUGAUCGGAUCUGUGGACCGGGAUAGUGAUGGACUGGUGGAUUUCUUUGAGUUUAAGACCAUGAUGAAGACUGUUAAUGUGCAGAGCGCUUGAUUUUGAUCGGACGGUUAAUGAGAUAUAAAUUAACAGAUCAGUUCACGUUAUCAGCAAAAUUUCCCAACAAAAUACCUGAAAAUAUGAAGC